CCCUCUUACAGUAGCCAAGAGGCCCAAGGGGCUCAGUAGCAGGCAACCCUCGUCUCAACCAUGUCGCCUACCGCAGAGGAACGAGCGGCUCAGUUCAAGGCGCUCAUCGAUCUCUUGCAUAGCGUGACUCCUGAGGUCUACAGCGCCUUCGACAUCACACGCACCCACUAUGAAUCCGCAGGCACCAAGAUCGAGGUCGACAUCCUGGCUCCCAAGCGCCUCAAGCUGGAACCCACCGGGAGCCAUCCGGUGAUUGUAAGAAUACAUGGGGGCUUUCUCGUCACAGGGUCAAGCCUGUUCCCUGCCUGGUUCUCCAAAUGGAUCUUGGAUUUCGCGGAGGAACAUAGCGCCGUUAUCGUCAGUCCUAAUUAUCGGCUGCUUCCUGAAGUGAAGGGACGGGAUAUCAUGCAUGACAUGGCCAAUUUCUGGACAUGGUUACAGACAGGCGGACCUGAACGUCACCUUGCGUCAGUAGGAUCGUCUCACGUUGCAUUGAACCUAUCCCAGACCCUCCUGGCUGGCGAGAGUGCAGGUGGCUAUCUUGCCCUCCAGUCCGUCUUAUCAGGGCUCACACGUCCAAAGGCCAUGAUCACGCUCUACCCCAUGAUUGACAUGAACGCGUCGCAUUACACUAAACCGUACCCAAAAUCCAUUGUCGGUGUGUCAAACUACCCCAACGAGGCAGUGGACGACUUUUUGUCCGUCACAUUGGGCAAGCCGGCCAUUACAGAAGCGGAUCCGCCCUCACGCCUUGACUCCGCCAUAGCCAUAGUCCAGAACGGCCGGUUCUUGGAAGCUUUCGGCCAUGAUGAGGAGUUGUUCGUGCUCGAACGCAUUGAAAUGGGGUCUCUGCCGCCAAGACAGGCAGGCAAGCCACUCUUACCGCCGCUCUUCCUGCUUCAUGGGGAGGAUGAUACGGCUGUACCGGUGGAGGGCACGAGGAAACUCGUCAACCUACUACAGAAGAAGCACCCGGACACUAAGUUCCACGUCUCAAUACGCCCGGGUGACCACGGCUUCGACUUCACUGCGUCGACACAGGACGGAUGGUUGCGGGAGGGCUUGGAAUUUGUUACGGGUCCGUGGUUGAGUGACAAGAGCCGGAUGUAGCUCCAUGCAAUAUGCGUUUCAACGGCAAAGCUUUGGACACAUUCGACAUUUGGUACAGCCGAUCACACAGUGACACAUGCACAAAGAUGGUUCAGAGAGAAAUUGUGUAAUUCGAAGCCAUGCAAUGUGUGAAAAACGUCAUGUGCACAUAAAAUAGGCGUCUGCACCUGCACAAUCAGAGUGUAAGAUGUCCUAGUCGUUGUUCAAGUAGGAGUCACCACUUUCCCCUUGAUGGCGGCGGCAGAGGAGGGUGUUGU